GGUUUUUUUUUUAAAUAAUAAAAGAUUCAUCGGAAAUUAUCGUAAAACAGAGUUCAAUCAUUUGUGAUUCAAAGCUGGUAAACCCUCAAGGACUCUCUUUCUGGUAAUGGGCUCCAAAUACAAAAUUGAAAACAACUAAUAAGCUGAAACAGAACAACAUGUGAGUUUCUACUCCUGGUUGGUUUGUGAAGCAAUUCGCUCUUAGACUACCUUGGAAAAAUGUGCUUUAAGCUGUUUAAACUGAACUUUUCUUACUGAAUGUGUGUUUUGGACAGGUUUGACCUGACCAUGGACAACAGCAGCCUGGAUUGGCAUGAAGGUACCAACGGAUCUGAACUUCAGUCCUGCACCACACUAAGGAGCCCAUUCUCCCGCAUUUUUCUGUACAGCUUCUUCACCAUUGGCAUCGUCUCCACGGUGGUGGGAAACUUCCUGGUUGUCUUGUCGAUCGCCUACUUCAAGCAGCUGCAGUCUCCCACGAACUCUUUUGUUAUGUCACUCGCGGUGGCUGACUGCUUCGUCGGCCUCGUCGUGAUGCCGUACAGCAUGAUCCGAACCGUGGAGGGAUGCUGGUACUUCGGCUCCCUCUUCUGUAAGAUCCACUCCAGCCUGGACGUCAUGCUGUGUACCGCUUCUAUAUUCCACCUCAGCUGCAUUGCAUUCGACCGCUUUUAUGCCGUCUGCAACCCCCUCAUUUACUCCUUAAAGAUGUCUCACUCCAGGGUGGCUCUGCUCAUAGCCGUUUGUUGGGCCGUUCCAAUGCUCAUUUCCUUCGGCCCUAUAAUGCUCGAUCUUCACAUUGCUAGCGUAGACUUCCCAUUUCCGGAGGAUUUAUGCGUGUUCUUGGUCAGCCGCAUUUAUGCCGUCAUGGCCUCUUUAGUGGCCUUUUACUUGCCCAUGGCCAUCAUGCUGGUGGCUUACUGGAAGAUCUUCAAAGCUGCAAAAAGACAGGCCAGACAGAUCAGCGCCAUGGAAAGCCAGAUGGCUGCCGGUGUCGGGAAAGACUCCAGCAAGAAGAAACGACACCGCAACACAAUGAGGAGAGAAAGAAAGGCGGCAAAAACUUUAGGGAUUAUCAUGGGAGUUUUCCUCAUUUUCUGGAUGCCUUUUUUUACUCUCAACAUUGUGGAUCCAUUCAUCGGAUACAGCACAGAGGUGGUUGUUUGGGAUGUCUUUCUCUGGCUGGGAUAUAUCAACUCCUCCCUGAAUCCGUUUUUGUACGGGUUCUUCAAUCGCUCUUUUCGCAGGGCGUUCCUCAUGUUCAUUGGCUGCAGGGUUUGCCUGCCUGGGGCAUCUCCAGGGAUGGAGUUAUCACAAACCAGGAAAGAGGUUAAUGAUGGUGCAGAUUAGCCACUAAGUUAUAUGGACUAGACGGCAACCUUUAUGGGAUAAAAAACAGAAAAUAUACAUUUGAUAGGGGAUCACAUUUUAGUCUGAUUGGUACAAUUGUUGUAUUUGAAUAUAUGCAAGCUUAUGUAUAUGUUGUAUUCAGCAAUUUUUGACAUUUUUGAGUUAAAUAUUAAAAGGUAAAUAUAACCUGUUUACGGUAUUGACUUAAUGUAUUAAAAUGUUUGUGUUGAAUAAAAAAAAUUCUAUUCUUCUUUUUUAGUUAUUGAUUUAGUACACAUUUUAUGUCAAAUGUUAUUUUUUUGUGAAUACAUGUAAUAAAUAAAACAAUCUUAUUCCAUGACUUUUAUGGAAAUAUUUCAUUAAUAAUCAACCAGUCUGCCAAGAUUAAAAAUAAUAUGAAAAAACAAAUUAAUCAUUGGAUGUUAAAAUGUAAAAUAUGGCCUUCUAUACCACAAAGGGAGAACACAACAACUUAUUUUGUGAAUAAAUAAGAAAUGGUUAUUUUUGUACUGAGCUAAUGUUAGUCCAUUGGAACUUUUUCU